AUGAUUUUUAGACUACCUUCACUAAUCAUUAAGUCCUUUAUACUAUCAUUUAUAACAUGGAUAAUACUAACGACAUCGAUCCCACAAUUAAUAAUUCAACGAACAAAUUCAGAAAUCAAAUCAAAUAAUUUCACAACUUCUGAAUAUCCAGUGAAUUCAAUUACCUUUCCUAAACAAAUACCAAUUCAAAAUUCAAAUGUAUAUUUUGUGAUAGCUCACCCAGAUGAUGAAGUAAUGUUCUUUGCACCAACUAUAUUAGAAUUAUCUAAAUUACCAUACAAUAAUAAUUUGAAUUUAAUUUGUUUUUCAAAAGGUGAUUUUUUUGAACCAUUGAAAGAUAUAAGAACAGAAGAAUUAUAUAAAUCUACUAGAAUUUUGGGAAUAGACAAAGAGAAAGUUAAGAUUCUAAAUUAUAAAGAUGGAAUGAAUGAAACUUGGUCAACAAAAGAUAUAAUAAAUUCAUUAACUUCUUUGAUAGAUUUUAAGAAAAAUCAAGAAAAUAAUGUAAUUAUUACAUUUGAUGAAUACGGAGUAUCUAAUCAUCCGAAUCAUAUUUCUUUAUAUCAUGGAAGUAAAUCAUUUGUUGAAAAAUUACCAAAAUCAACAACAACAACAAAAUUAUAUACAUUAAAGACUUUAGGAUUUUUUGAAAAAUAUAGUUUUACAAUACUUACAAAUAUUGAAAUUUUUGUCAAUUAUUGUAAUUUUUUAAUCCAAAAAUUCAUACCUAUCAUAAAUAUUAAUAUAAGUUUAUUUGGUUCAACUUUGAAAAAUUCUAAAAAUUUAAAUAAUCAAUCUAAUAACGGCGGGUCUAUCAAGAUAUAUUCAGAUUUAAAUAUGUUAAGUUGUAGUUAUGCAGCUAUGGCUUAUGGUCAUUUCAGUCAAAUGGUUUGGUUUAGAUAUGGCUGGCUUUUAUUUAGUAGAUAUUUAACUUAUAAUCAUUUAAUUGAAAUAUAA